AUAAAAAUGCGGUAUCUGUGCGUUUUUUCCUUAACACUUAUCCUUUGCUGCCUUUCAAUAAAGGCUCAGAGUUUAAAUUGCACGAGGCUUCGCGAAAAUUGUCGUCCUUGUACCCGCCGCUUGGUGGAUCCUAUUAACAACCUGGAAUUCAUUAAUAGCGAUUGUAGAGAAAAACUAAGAGGACGUUGGAUUUGGAGGGAUGUAAGGCGUUGUGAUAUGCAAAUUGUUGCGUGCGAAAAUCACGAAACCCGACUGGAUUGCGAGAAUGUGGCUAGAAUAACAGGCAUGAGACGGAUUCGUUGA